CAGGAUGCGCGAGAUGUGUUUCCCGCCACUCUGCCCUCUGUACCGACUCCAAAGGAGCUCUUCUCGCUCGUCAGUAUCUGCCCUUCUGAAGGUAGACGAAGAUCAAGAGCAUGUUGUGGGUAGAUAAGUAUCGACCCAAAACCCUCGACCAGAUUGUGGUCCACGAAGAAGUCGCCCAAAAUCUUAAGAAACUGGUGACGGAGCAGGAUUGCCCGCAUUUGCUUUUCUAUGGCCCGCCAGGGUCUGGCAAAAAAACCCUAAUCAUGGCUCUUCUCCGACAAAUGUUUGGGAACAGUGCCGAGAAGGUGAAGGUGGAAAAUAGGACAUGGAAAGUGGAUGCUGGAAGUAGAUCUAUUGAUAUAGAGCUGACAACAUUAUCAAGUGCCAAUCACAUAGAAAUGAGCCCCAGUGAUGCAGGCUUUCAGGACAGAUAUAUUGUUCAAGAAGUAAUUAAGGAAAUGGCUAAAAAUAGACCAAUUGAUACCAAGGGGAAGAAAGGAUUUAAAGUACUAGUGCUCAAUGAGGUUGACAAACUCUCUAGAGAAGCUCAGCAUUCUCUGCGCAGAACAAUGGAGAAAUACAGCGCUUAUUGCAGGUUAAUUCUAUGCUGCAAUAGUUCUUCAAGAGUUACAGAAGCAAUCUGCUCUCGCUGUUUAAAUGUGCGAAUAAAUGCACCAAGUGAAGAGCAGAUAGUUAGAGCAUUGGAGUUCAUUGGAAAGAAAGAAGGGCUGCAACUUCCUUCUGGAUUUGCUGCUCGCAUAGCAGAGAAAUCAAAUCGGAACCUAAGGCGGGCCAUAUUGUCUUUUGAAACUUGCCGUGUCCAACAGUAUCCUUUCAGUAGCAAGCAAACAAUACCACCAAUGGAUUGGGAGGAAUAUAUUUCUGAAAUUGCAUCUGACAUAAUGAAAGAACAAAGCCCAAAAAGGUUGUUUCAAGUUCGAGGGAAAUUGUAUGAGCUCUUAAUCAACUGUAUCCCUCCUGAGAUCAUCUUGAAGAGGCUUCUUUAUGAACUGUUGAAGAAAUUGGAUGCAGAAUUAAAGCUUGAGGUCUGCCAUUGGGCGGCUUAUUAUGAGCAUAGAAUGCGUCUUGGACAGAAGGCCAUCUUCCACAUUGAAGCAUUUGUGGCUAAAUUCAUGAGCGUUUAUAAAGCCUUCCUAAUUGCGACAUUUGGCUGAAUACUAGAUUAUGGUUCUGUUCAUUCAACAUGUUUAAUGUGGUGGACGUAAGUUUUGUACCUAGUAUUAUUUGUAGAAUUUAUCACUAUAUUUUCGCAAUGUGUUACCCAAUAUGGAAUGUGCAAACUUUACAUUUACCCUUCUAAGUUCUAUUGAUGAUUGAUACUA